AUGAUGGCAACGGCAGUUGAGCAGGUGGUGCCGUCCGCGAUGGGCGACAAAGUCGUUCUCAAAGACGCAGAUCUGACGCUGCACGUGCCCAUCUUCGAUUUGGCCGAGGACAAUGAGUCCCUGCGGAUGGCGGUGCGAGAGGCGUGCAAGACCAUCGGCUUCUUCCUUGUCAAGAACCACGGUGUGCCUGAAGAGGUGACACAGAUGGCGAGCAGCAACAGAAGGAGAGGAGAUGGUUCGUCGUCUUAAUUUCAUGAGUGCAUCUGUCUGUCUGUGUGUGUCAGUUGCUGAGCCGCGCGUUUUCUGAGAUGCGGCGGUUCUUCUCGCUGCCGAUUGAGCGGAAGAUGCAGGUCGCCGCGUCGACCAACGCCAACAACCGGGGCUACACUCGGUGGGCAGAGGAGACCCUCGAUGUCGAAAAGUCAACGCAGGGCGACACCAAAGAGGGUCAGAGGAGAGGGACAGACCAACACACACGCGACAGACAGAUAUACACAGUCACUGCUGCAUCUGUCUGUCCUGCGCGUCUGUGCUGUUGCUCUGCAGGGUACUACAUUGGCCGUGAGGUGCCGCCCGACUCACCGGAGACGUCACUGCCACUUCAUGGUCCCAACAUGUGGCCAGCGGACCUCCCCGGAUGGCGAGAGGUGCGUAGGACAGACGAGAGAAGCAACGGCUGUGUGUCAUAUGCUGUGCGUGUGCGUGUGCGUGUCAUUGGUGCAGACGAUGGAGGAGUAUGUGUCGGCGGUUAUCACACUCAGCGUGCGGAUCACACACCUCCUGGCGAUGGCCCUUGACCUGCCAGAGGACUGGUUCGAUCAGUACUUCACGAGGCCUCUCACUGCGUAAGACGCACAAGAGAGGCUAGAUGAACGCAGGCUUGAUGCUUGCAAGUGUGUCGGUGUGUGUGUGUGCAGCUUGCGGCCGCUGCAUUAUUCGGCAGAGCUGUCGGAUCCGGCCAAAGGGAAGUUUGCUGCCGGCGAACACUCAGACUAUGGUGAGAGCUCUAGCAGAGAGAGCCCCGCUGGCUGCCCUCCUACACUGCUUAGGUUCCCCGUGGUGUCUGUCUGUCUGUCUGUCUGUCGUGUGUUAUGUGUCAGGUAUGCUGACUGUGUUGGCGACUGACGGCACGCCAGGUCUGCAGAUCAAGCCGCGGGGCUGCGACAGGUGGAUCGACGUGCCGACAAUCCCUGGCACUUAUGUCAUCAACCUGGGGGACAUGCUGCAGGUGUGAGUGAGGUGACCACAGGGAUGCCUUGAUGUGAUGUGUGGAUUGCAUUGGUAUAGAGGUGGACCAAUGACGUGUUCAUGAGCACCCCCCACCGGGUGGUGAAUGUGACGGCCACCGAGAGGUACUCACUGCCCUUCUUCUACGAACCCAACUAUGACACAAAGGUAGGUGUGCAGUGAGUGCAUCCACACACACAGAGAAAGAAGGCAGGCGGACAUAGACGUGUUGUUUUUUUAAUCCAUCCAUUUGGCAGGUUGAGUGUCUGCCGUCGUGCUGCUCGGCCACCAAUCCGCCCAAGUACGAGCCCUGCAUCAGCGGCCAGCACCUGAUCGGCAAAUACAGCGCCACACACAAGGACUUCGCCAACGAGAAGCCACACACCAUGAACGGCACGGGGGGACAGUGAAGCUAGCUAGGGGGGUUUGUGACACUCAGAUGGAUGACAUCCAUGGCGCUUUGCCAGCCAUUUUGUCCGUCUGAGUGAGUGAGUGGAUGAGUGUGUGUGGGUCAGUCAGCAUGGCAUGGACGGGGGACCGGCUGGCGGGCUGUCUUUUUGCAGCUGGCUGGGUCGAUCGAGGCCGAUGGCUGGUCAUGUCUGUGCAGUCCAUACAGGCAUCAUCGAUGCUUUUUGAACCGACUGAGCGUAUGUGCAGUGAUGAGGUGAUUGAUGUGUCCAUGACACUUACUUGGAGUGCCAAUUCGACUCGUCGGUCAGUCACCGGUCAAUACAUGUCUCUCA